AUGGAUGCUAGUGAAGAAGCGGAGGCUCGCGCCAAGGUACGCCAUCUCAUCUCACAGGCGCCAACAGCUCGUCCGCCAGAAUUCGUGAAUCCAUUGGAGAAGAUCGAGCAGCUGCUCACCUGUCCAAUUUGCCUCGAUCGCUACAAACAGCCAAAACUUCUACCGUGCCAACAUACAUUCUGCUAUCCAUGUCUCGAGUCAUGCGCGGAUUCAUUGCAUCGAACUCUGAAAUGCCCGGAAUGUCGUGCUGAACACUCCAUCCCAUACGACGGAGUGAAAGCGUUCCAGACGAACUACACAUUAACCGGAUUUCUUGAAAUACAUUUGCAAGCGACACCGGAUUCUGCGGCCGAAAUCGAGGAAUACAUCCACAGGUACAAUCUCGAGCGCUGUAAAAUCUGUGACGAGAAAGCGGACUGCGAAGUAUGCGCGCACUGCGAUCGAAAAGCUUGCAAGGAAUGUCGACAAACGCACAUGGACAUGUUGAAGAGGGAUUUGGCAAGGCUGCUGAACCAGGUACGCCGGCUGUCCAAUCGAAUCAUAGAAGCGUCGGAUGGUCUCUCCAAAGGACUCGAACUCCUCUCGCUUAAUUGUGAGACAACGAAGGACGAAGUCAAGGAGUACUUUCAUAGGCACCAGCGGGACUUAAAGAAACGGGAAGAUGCAUUCCUGAACGAAAUAGACUCGUUCCAUGCGACAGAAAGUAGACUGAUGAGCAAUUUACGCGAUGUUCUCGAGAUCGAGUCAUCAAAUAUGAGCGAGGCUGUCGCUAGACUUGAUGCUGCUAUCAAGGGCGAGUGUAACCUCGAAGACGCCGAGCUUGUCCGCUUAAAGAACACGUUUGCGGAAGGACUUGAAUACCUUCGGAAUUUCCAGCCCGACGCUGACGAACUCUUUAAUCGCAAAGUGAGAUUUUCUGCUGGCGAAGAUGCGGCCAGAUUGCCUCAAUCUAUCGCUACUUGUGGCGAGUUGUGCGUGCUCAUGCCGCAAUUUGCAGGAAGGUACCUGCCGUUGGAACAGUCCUACCUACCACGUCCAUUUCGUCUGCCUCUUGAGAGCGAUCAACAUCGAGCUCGUCACGAGGAUGCCCGAGCGAACGACCGGGAUCGACCGUCGUCGCGGCUUACAGUCCGUGAUCUUGACGAAGGCUCUAUCCGAUAUCGUCGUCGCCAGCAAUUAGAAGAAGAGGCAUGGAACCGUCUCCGUGGACCUCUUGACAGAAGCGCUGCAUCAUCUGAACCGGAGCGAUCUCAGGUAGGCCGAAGUCCGUGGUCAAAACCGCCUGAGGCCUCCUCGCUCAACGCAACGCCUGCACCGGAAAACACGAAAAAAGAGCAAGCGGCUCCUGUUCGACAUGAGGAACGCAAAGAAGCGUCAAAGCCCGUGCCACUAAAUCUUCCUCGUCCCGAACGUGCCACGCCUCAGCCGAAGCUAGACGUCAGCCCUGCUCCCAGAUCACCUAAACCACCACUUAGUCCCUCUCCACUGAUAAGAAACGCAGAACCGGUGAAAGAAGAGGCUGAGGAGACUCGUGUUGUCUCAAGGAAGCCACCACUACCAAGGCAAGCUUCCAGUAAUGACGAGUCCCUGAAUGAGAAGGUGGACGUGAUCAGAAGAGCACAUGCAGAGCGCCAAGCUGCUUCACGGGCGCAGUCAAGCGACGAAUCUGAGGGAGAAGAGACAUCUCGUCCUCGUCCUCGAAUCCGUAUUGUAUGCCGCGCUGCAAGCAUCACUCGAGAGGAGGAUUCGACGCCUUCAUCGGCCCCUCCCACUGCGGUGCCGAUUCCAGUAACGCAUUUCGCAGAUAGCUCCACGAGCACGGAGGAGGAGCGACGCAUCCGUCGUCGCAGCGCGUCAAGGGAAGCCAAUGAGUGGCGUGCGCGUGGAUGUCCUCGCACAAUUUUCGGUCGUAAAGGGGCUAAAGAGGGCGAAUUGAAUUGGCCCCGGGGGGUUUGCGCCAUCGGAGGUGGGGCCGUUGCUGUGUGUGAUUCGAGCAACCAUCGUGUGUGUGUGUUUGAUCGAGAAGGCAAGUUUUUGCGCCAAUUCGGCGGCUACGGUACCGGUCGUGGCCAGCUCGAUUCGGCUGCCGGAAUUGCGACGUUCAAGCAGAAGCUGAUCGUAUCGGAUAGAUACAACCACCGUGUUUGUAUCUUCGACAUGGACGGCAACUACUUGAACUCCUUCGGCGGUCACGGACAGUCCAACGGCAAAUUCAACAACCCUUGGGGAGUGGCUGUGGACGAGCUAGGCACUAUAUAUGUUGCAGAUAAGGACAACCACCGGGUACAGAUGUUCGAUAAGAAUGGCUUGUUUGUGGGGAAGUUCGGCAACAGUGGGCAUGGGCCUGGACAAUUGCAGAAUCCAUUGUUCAUAGCUGUUAACAAAGGCAAUCACCAGGUUUACGUGUCGGACUCUUCGAAUCACCGAAUUUCCGUGUUUGAUGUACAAGGAACUUUCCUCUUCUCGUUCGGAAGUGAGGGUUUCCACGGUGGACAGUUCAAAUUUCCACGUGGUGUGGCUGUUGAUUCCCAGGGCAACGUUCUGGUUGCUGACUCUGGGAACAACCGUAUCCAGGUCUUCACAUCUGACGGGGAAUUUAUCUGCACAUUUGGAACAUGGGGCGGUGGUGCAGGACAGCUGAAAGGGGUCGAAGCUUUGUGUGUCUCUGAUGGAGGAGUUGUCGCAAGUGAUCGCGAGAACCACCGUAUCCAAAUUUUCUAA